AUUCUGUCCAUGACAUGGUGACAAAGGCUUCCACCUGAUUAACGGUCCGGAUCUUCUACAACCAGGCCUGGCUUACGCAUCUGCCGCGAAUUGUCCCCCAUCAAUAUCUCCCCGAUCCUCAGGCCAGUUGAUUAUUCGGAGAAAAAGAAUAAAAUAAAAUAAAAUCAGGGAAUCCGUAGGCUUGUUUGCCUGUUUGAAGCAGAAGGAGAAAACCUGUUUGAAGUAGGAGAAAACCACAGGAGAGAGAGAGAGAGAGAGAGAGAGAGAGAGAGAGAGAGAGAGAUGGGAGGAGGGGAGAAGAGCAUAGACUCCUCUUCUUCUUCGUCUUGGUUCUCCAGAUUCUUAUCGUCUGCUCUCAGGUCCAAAACCCUAACCGGUCCUUCCGAUUCCCAAACCCGGUCCGCUCCCGGAGAAGGCCUCGUCCGCCGGCUUGGCCAAUUCGAUCUCAUUCUCCUCGGAAUCGGCGCUUCCAUCGGUGCCGGGAUCUUCGUCGUCACCGGAACAGUCGCCCGCGACGCCGGACCUGGUGUAACAAUUAGUUUUAUUCUUGCCGGAGCUGCAUGUGUUCUCAAUGGCUUGUGCUAUGCCGAGCUUUCGUCACGUUUUCCUGCUGUUGUUGGUGGAGCAUACCUGUAUUCAUAUGCUGCAUUUAAUGAGCUCACUGCCUUUCUUGUUUUCACACAACUGAUGCUCGACUACCAUAUUGGAGCUGCCAGCAUUGCACGGAGCUUAGCAAGCUAUGUAGUGACAAUAUUGCAGCUAUUUCCCUUCUUCAGGGAAAACAUUCCAAGCUGGAUAGGACAAGGUGGCCUAGAGCUCUUUGGAGGAGUUGUAUCCAUCAACAUUUUAGCUCCUAUUCUCCUGGCAUUGUUAACAAUAAUCCUAUGCUGGGGUGUUGGGGAAUCGUCCAUGGUCAACUCGAUUAUGACUGCAACAAAGGUGGUGAUUGUCCUUAUUGUCAUUAUCGCUGGUGCUUUUGAAGUUGAUGUGUCAAAUUGGUCUCCUUUUGCCCCAAACGGUUUUAAAGCGAUUGUUACUGGGGCAACUGUAGUAUUUUUUGCCUAUGUUGGAUUUGAUGCGGUGGCUAAUUCGGCUGAAGAAUCUAAAAGACCACAGAGGGAUUUACCUAUAGGAAUCCUGGGGAGCCUUCUUGUUUGCGUGAUUCUAUAUAUUGGUGUAUGCUUGGUGCUUACCGGAAUGGUGCCAUAUACGUUACUUGGUGAAGAUGCUCCUUUGGCUGAAGCUUUUAUUGCAAAGGGGAUGAAAUAUGUUUCUAUUUUGAUCAGCGUAGGUGCUGUCGCAGGCCUUACUACAACUCUACUGGUUGGCCUGUAUGUUCAGUCACGGUUAUAUCUUGGUCUUGGAAGGGAUGGUUUACUACCUUCGGUAUUUGCAAAAGUACACUACACACGUCACACUCCUAUCCACUCUCAGAUUUGGGUUGGUUUAGUCGCUGGUGUUAUGGCAGGACUGCUCAAUGUGCAUGUACUCUCACACAUUCUUUCAGUUGGCUCACUGACUGGCUAUUCUGUUGUUUCAGCCUGCGUUGUAACCCUUCGCUGGAAGGAUAAGGCAGCAAGUCAAGUCUCCGGUAGGUGGAUUUCAACAUGGCGCGAAGGUGUCAUCUGCCUUGUUGGAAUUGCCUGUUGUGGAUUUGGUGCUGGACUGUGCUAUCGUUUCAAUGCUUCAUUUAUCUUUUCACUGGUAGCUUUGUUGAUAGCAGUCCUCGCCACUGCUGCUCUUCAUUAUCGCCAAGUCUAUGCAGAUCCACCUGGCUUUUCUUGUCCUGGAGUUCCCCUUUUACCGGCUAUCUCCAUAUUUGUCAACAUUUUCUUGUUUGCACAGUUGCAUGAAGAAGCAUGGAUGAGAUUUGUUGCCCUCAGCGUCAUCUCAAUUGGAGUUUAUGCUUUUUAUGGGCAGUAUCAUGCCGAUCCAGAGAAUCAACAUCAGACUAUAAUCUAUCACAGGACGCCAACGGAAGAAAUCCAAUAGUGUCGGCCAUGAAUAAUAGGGCUGCAUCAGCCCAGUGCAGACCGAGAUACAUGGGAAAUAUGAGGCAAUACGACUGCGUGUGGGUGGUGAAUGAUUUGAUACGCAGGAUCCCAUUUGCAAACCAUACGAUUUUUCAAGUUAUGUAUGUAUCACUAGUACUGUUUGGGCUGGUUAUAGCCCCAUCAAGUUAUGUUGUACUCUCAAUUGUAAAAGAUCCUAUUCCUGUGAUACAUUUGCAAAGGCGGGCUAACUUGUUGCUGAAAUUUGAAUUUUAUUUGGCAAAACAACCCAAAAGUUCAAUCCAGUUACAAGGUGAA